GGAAUAUGCAGGCUACCCUUCACUGUCUGUCUUCAGGCAAAAAUUGCACUCUCAAGCAAGCCUCUGCUAUAGCCUAUAUAUUCCUUCAAUUCUGAGAAUUUCCCAUCAUUUAUAUUCCUUCUGUCUACAAAUAUAUAUUUAUGUACAUAAAAAAUCUGCACAGAAUUCCCAAGGCUUAAGAAUUUGAGAAGGCUGAAAUGGGGAGGCAACCAUGCUGUGACAAGGCUGGGUUGAAGAAAGGCCCAUGGACAGCAGAGGAGGACAAGAAGCUCAUCACCUUCAUCCUCAACAAUGGUCAAUGUUGCUGGAGAGCUGUCCCUAAACUUGCAGGGCUGUUGAGGUGUGGGAAGAGCUGCAGGUUGAGAUGGAUAAAUUACCUGAGGCCAGACUUGAAGAGGGGACUAUUGUCAGAUUAUGAAGAAAAGAUGGUCAUUGACCUCCAUGCUCAGCUGGGAAACAAAUGGUCCAAGAUUGCCUCCCAUUUGCCUGGAAGGACAGACAAUGAAAUCAAGAACCACUGGAACACACACAUCAAGAAAAAGCUGAAGAAAAUGGGGGUAGAUCCAGUGACCCACCAGCCACUUUCUGCUACUAGUGGGGGUGAUGAUGAAGAAGAUGAAGAUCAGAAAACAAAACUGCCAGAAUCUCCAAAAGGUCCCUCAAUUUGUGAGGUAAUCUUUGAAAAGGAACAAAGCUUCUGCAAGGAUGAACAGUCAACGGUCACCGUUGACCAAAUGGAAGUCAAAGAGGGAUUCUCCAUUGAGGAAGUGCCUCUCCUUCAACCCCAUGAAAUCCUGGUCGCCCCUCUAUCUUCAACCUCUUGUUCUUCAUCUUCCUCCAAUGGGUUUCUUUCAUCAAACGUUAGUAACAACAACAUUAACAGCAUUCUGGAUGACGUUGACUUCUUGCCUGCCGUUGACUGGCAAUGUGAUUACAUCUUCAGUAAUAUGGGGUUCUGGGAAGAUGACAUCCUCAGCACUACUUUGGAUUCACUGUUUAACAAUGACACUAACAACAACAUCAACAACCAGCUAGAGAAACUCUUUUAGUUGAUUUGGUGAUGAUGAUGAUGAUAUAUGGAUGCAUCUUCCCAAGGAAAGCUAUGUUCUUGUUAUUAUAUUGUGUUGUUUGGCUCAUGAAUGUUUAGAUAGAAUUUUAUCUUUUGUUAAUAUAUAAUCCAUAGUUUGCAGUAGCUAGUAAAUAUUUUAGAGACUCAGUGAAUUUUAACAGGUACCAUUGAAAUUCCCUUUAUUUUUCAUGUGUACCAUAGAAAUUCACUUAAAUAAUGUAAUUGGAAUAAUGUUCUUUUAAGUAUUUAGUAAUACCUUUUCAAUCAUUUUUUGUUUUAGAACUUCUAUAAGUAAGCAUGGGCUAUAUAUUGAACUAUUUCACAC